GGUAUCCGCCCUUGCUCUGGCUGCGCCACGCUCUUUGCCGUUGUCAUGGGAACGCCUUGGCGCUCCGAGGCCCGCCUUCGGGGUGUUGCGGGCGGUUGGCUCCGCCCUUUGCAUUCUACUUCCGGUCGGGGAAAGACCGCUUCCGGUGCUUCCGUCGCUCCUUGCCGGUCAUAAUGGCUGCGCAGCGACCCCUGCGGGUCCUGUGCCUGGCGGGCUUCCGGCAGAGCGAGCGGGGCUUCCGCGAGAAGACCGGGGCGCUGAGGAAGGCGCUGCGGGGUCGCGCAGGGCUCGUGUGCCUCAGCGGCCCGCACCCGGUCCCCGACGCCCCGGGCCCCGAGGGCGCCAGAUCAGACUUCGGGUCCUGCCCUCCAGAGGAGCAGCCUCGAGGCUGGUGGUUUUCAGAGCAGGAGGCGGACGUUUUCUCCGCAUUGGAAGAGCCCGCCGUAUGCAGGGGCCUGGAGGAAUCCCUGGGGAUGGUGGCACAGGCACUCAACAGGCUGGGGCCUUUUGACGGCCUUCUUGGUUUCAGCCAAGGGGCUGCGCUAGCAGCCUUUGUAUGUGCCCUGGGCCAGGCAGGCGAUCCCCGCUUCCCCUUGCCACGGUUUAUCAUCUUGGUAUCUGGUUUCUGUCCCCGGGGCCUUGGGUUCAAGGAAUCCAUCCUGCAAAGGCCCUUGUCAUUGCCUUCACUGCAUGUUUUCGGGGACACUGACAAAGUCAUCCCCUCUCAGGAAAGUAUGCAAUUGGCCAGCCGAUUCCCCGGAGCCAUUACCCUCACCCACUCUGGUGGCCACUUCAUUCCAGCAGCUGCAUCCCAGCGUCAGGCCUACCUCAAGUUCUUGGACCAGUUUGCAGAGUGAAAGAUAAGAAAUGUCUCUGCUCCUACAUCCAGCUCCUCUUGGGGUAGCCUCCGUCAUCUGUGCCCUCCCAGGGCCCUCCACUGCUGUGAGUGCGCCUCACUAGGACCAGUUAAGAGACAACUAUCAAUUCUUGAGACCCAAAUUAUAUGGGCCCUGCCUUGUAUUGAAGACAAGGGGAGCACAAGGCCUUAAUGGACAUUGACUUGUGAACCUCAAACAUGAAAAUGGAGAGCCCUGGAUUAGGAGGGUGACCUGGGGAAGACAGAGGCUGGCACCAUGGUGACUGCCACAUAAUAAAGUGGUGAUUUCGA